AUGCUCGAGCUCCGCAAGGGCUCUAAGGAUCUUUUCGAGGCGCUCGAACUAUUGAGGACUGCGCCUGAGGAGAAUGUCGCUGCGAUUCUGCUGAACUUGCGCGGCAGAGGCUCCGUAUCCGACUUUUUGCAAUCUAUCGAUUCAGGUACAGUAGGAGCCUCGUCACCCUUGAGUCCAUUAACUUCAAGUCUAGCGGGGACUUGGGCUAGCUCUGCAAUGGAGUUGGAUCUCAAUAUGCGAUACCCAAACGUGUUCCCGACCCUAGAAACCCUCACAAUCACAGAGGUAGAUAUCGGACUAUUGGCAGAUGACAAGCGCGGUCCAAGGCUAUUAACCUCUUCAGAGGCAACCUCUUCAGAGGCGACCUCUUCAGAGGCAACAUCAAUAUCUCCCUUUUCUCCUAUUGACUUUUCCGGACGACAACCCGCAACACCGACGACUUCUGAGUCCUUCUCCACACCGAGUGACACCACUGGGGAUUCAUCCCAGCAGUCAUACAUCGACCAUCGUUUGGAAGGGCUUCAAAUAUGGCAAUGGACUUCUGUUCCUAUUCCUGAAACCCUAGCAGAGCAGACGAUUUCCUUCUAUCUAUCUAAUGAGCACCCAUUGCUUGCAUUCUUCGACGCCAAUCUAUUUAUUAGAGACUUUGUAGCAGGUGGAGGACGGUUCUGCUCACCUGUCCUCGUCAGUGCUUUACUUGCCUGGUCAUGCGCCUCUUAUUCACAAUUCGAGCCAAGGGCACAGCCGUUAUCAUUCGCCUUUCUCAAGGAGGCAAAGAAGCGUUGGCGGGAUUUACCGGACUACAACUGCGUCACUGCUCUUACUGCUGCCAUGUUCUUGACCUUGACAUGCAAUCAACAUGGCCAAGACCGCGUUGGGCUGUUUUAUCUUGAUGCAAGCGCAGAGAUUGGUCGCCGGCUUGGUCUGUUUGGUGAUGAGGAUGCGAAGAUGCCUGGUGUGGACGAUGACAAGGAAUUGAGAUCAGCGGCUUCGUAUGCUGCCUGGGGAUCUUUUGGGUGGCACAGGUGA